CUCCCCCAGCGCCUCCUCCUCCCCUCUCUGAGUCCAUCAUGGAGUGAGGAGGAGAUGGGGAUCGCGCGGUGCCUUCCUCACCGACACCAGAACCUCCAGUUCGGUCACAGCUUCCCCGGUCCGUACGGAGGAGGAGGUGGAGGAGGAGGAGGAGGAGGUGUUUGAGGAGCAGCAGGAACCGCAUCACCAUGAAGACCCCGCACCGCGCUGCGGCCGCGGCAGCCGAGCGGAGCUGAACCGGAGAAGAUGAGCGAGGACCUGCGGCCGGACGAUGACAGCUACAUGGUGCGCGUCAAGGCAGUGGUGAUGACCAGAGACGAGUCCAGCGGCGGUUGGUUGGCGCAGGAUGGCUGUCUGAGCAGGGUGGGGGUGUGCAGGCUGCUGCCCAACGAGCUUCAGGGACGGAACCGCUUCCUGAUCCACGGAGAGCGGCUCAAAGACCGGCAGGUGAUUCUUGAGUGUUUCUUGAAAAAAGACCUGGUCUACACAAAAGCCACUCCCACGUUCCAUCACUGGAAGGUAGACAACAAAAAGUGUGGCCUAACCUUUCAGUGCUCGUCUGAUGCCCGAGCUUUUGACCGUGGGGUGAGGAGGGCUCUGGAGGAUCUGGCAGAAGGUAUGAAAGGAAACCUUUUAGCUUAGCAUAUGUGUCACACAUCUGUUUUCUGUUCUGAAGGUUCCACAACUUCUUCAUCUACGCUGCAGAAUGAAGCAGAGCUGGGGGAUGAUGAUGUCUUCACGACUGCCACUGACAGCUCAUCCAACUCGUCUCAGAGGAGAGAGCCCACCAUGCAUGUGUUGGCUCCGGCCAAUUUCUGCGAGCCGCGUCGACACCACUGCAUCCUGGGACAUUUCUACGAACAUCACCGGCCCUCUGACCACUACUUCCUCGAUCCGGCAGUACACAUCUUUCCUCGUCAUGCCAACUUCCCUUUGGAGGAGGAGGAGAUUGUUCGCAUUAGCCCUCACGAGCGAACCUGGCUCACCGGCUAUGAGGACUACCGGCACGCCAACUCCACACGUGACAAACUCAUGCAGCCACACAUCCCGGACACCUGUGUGCACUUCACCAAGAGUGAGCCGCCCAAACACAACUACACGUACCCGUACCCUCUGAGCUGCGGCGUGCAGCGAGGCUAUGACAGCAAGCCGGGCUGCCUGGAGAUGGGAGGUGGUCGCAGGGCAGUGGUGACGCUGCAGCCUCGACCUCCUCAGUCCAAAGGGAAGUGUCGCAUGGAGGAUGGGGAGCGUUUUCGCUGCGUUUACUGUCAGGACAUGUUCAACCGCGAGGACAAUGGGCGGGGCCAGUGCCAGGAGGCUCCUGACCCCAUUCAGACCUGUAUCCGCCGGGUCAGCUUCAUGUGGUGCGCCGACAGCCUGCUGUAUCACUGCAUGUCGGAUCCGGAGGGCGACUACUCGGACCCGUGCUCCUGUGACACCAGCGACGAGCGCUUCUGCCUGCGCUGGACGGCGUUGAUCGGAUUGUCGCUGGUGGCGCCCUGCAUGUGCUGCUACGCCCCUCUAAGGGCAUGCCAUCGCUGUGGGGUGGCUUGCCGCUGCUGCGGUGGGAAACACAGAGCUGUGGGGUGAGUCACCGCAGGCCCCGCCCACACAGCAGAGACCACCUGGAAACCGAUGCCGCUGUUAUUUCUGUUGUUGAUGUGGUUCAUUUGUAGAAAGAAGUGAAACUUUGUGUCAACCGUUGUGCUUUUUUUUUUUUUUGUUACUCAGAGGACCAAAAGGCUUUGUGAAGAAAAUGUCUCCACAGAACAUAAAAGUAUGAAUAUGGGUGUAUUAUUAGGGCUGACAGAUUUAAUGUCAACACAGAAAAUCAUCUAAAGUACAUCUAGAAAUCAAUUUGUAGUUGGUAACACUAAGGCACCAUAGCAUUUAUCAUGAAGGGUCGCUUCAUUCUCUUUGUUUUGCAAAAAAACAAAAACAAAAGUUAAAGCAACCAAGUGUAGUUUUUAGCCAUUAGGGGUGUUAGUGCUGUAAUUUCCAGGUUUAACACCCCUGAAGGCCAGUGGCAUUUCUAUAUUAAACAGUCUCCCUGUAUUCUGGUUCUGCUAGCAGAUCAUUCUGGACCAGCAGAUGGAGAAGUCAUGAUUUCCUUGUAAACACAAGGACACAUUCACCGCUGUAGAUGAAAUCCUACAUCGUAAUUAUGUCUGGUCAGGUAAGGGUCAGAUCUGUCUUGUUGGCUAACUACUUUUAGCUUAGUUAGCUCUGGCCUUUCAGGGGAUCCACCAUUAGUUGUACCAGCAGACUUUAUUUGGGGAAAAAAAUGUGUAUAUUCAGUUUAAAAAGAACACACUUAAAAUACUGUAAACUGUUUAGUUUAAAUAAAUGUACAUAUUAUUUACGCUGCAAUGCAUUCUGGGCAAGUAAUGUAUGGUAGGUCCUUUAGCGUUAGCUCUUUCCAGCCAAAACUACAAAAAGUGAAGUUGAACUUUUCAGUUUGAGCCACAGAACUUUGAAAUGAAUGAGAAUGUAUAAAUUACAGGAGGUGAUAAAGAUGAGGAGGACCAAAUGGAGGAAGAGAGGAGAAUUGGAUGAAGAAGCUGAUGCUAGGAGAUGCUAACCAAGAUGGAGAACUAUGCUACAAAAAGCUCCGGUUUCUAAAUGAGGGUGUUAUCUACGGAAGAGGAUUAGGGCCACUGAAAAAAAAAAAAGUUUACUGAUUUUUAAAUUUUAUUUCAGUUUAACAU